GCAAGAAGGCGCGCGCGAGAGAGAGAGGGCGCACGGAGAGGGAAAGGUGCGUCUGCUAAAACUCCGAUUCGUGAGCAGUAAAGGCAGAUCGCGAGUCGACGAGUGCGCAUUGAGGAAAGAGAGGGCACCCAAUGGUGUAAUAAAAUAUUUUGCGAGAGAGCCCGUUACAAUAUAUAAGCCGGCCUGUGUACCUACUUGUUCUUCAAGUAUACCAAACUCUGUAUUUUUAUCAUCACAAACGGGGGAGAGGGGCACGAGAAUUGACUCAUCAUCAUCCCCGGCUCUAAUGGAGACAGACAGUGAAAUUCGCAAUACAUAUAGGUACCCACGCCUGCAUCUCGCAUGAACAAGUACACCGCGUCUAUAGUCUCGACAACUGAACGCGGCUUUUUUCCUCUCUCUACCAAUUAACGUAGCCGAGAUUCGCAGAGCUGCAUUUAAGUGUGUAUUGUUGUAUUGUUAUUGAAAAAAAGAAAAAAGUGCAGCCCUGACUCUGUUGACGGAUGCAUCGUCCCGACGAUGUCGUUACACAAGUGCAAGAACAAGUGCUAAUAUUAAUUUAAAAAUCGUAUACCCCCACUCGCGAUCAUCCAGUGUUCGGUCGUCGACUGAGUGACAGGCGGAAACAGUGCACUAAAUCGCUGUACAUAUAAUACAUAUAUAUAUACAGUACUUGGCUUCGAAAUUCGCACACUUGUACUCGCGCAAGCACAGACACGACAGCUCCGAGUACUCCAAUUUCUUCCUGAAGCGGAGCGAAAGAGCAGAGAGUACUCCAGGCAGCAGCCACAGAGGAGGAAGAAGGAAAAAAGGUCGUAGCAAGGGGAGAGAAGGAAGGUAUCGUUGCCGGUGUGUUGGUGGACCCGGGCGGUGGGUCGCCGAGAUAGCACGAUAGCACCGCUGGUGCCCUCGGCCGCGGGUCCCGGGGGGACGGGCGCCAUGGCGGCCUCAUCGUCCUCGUCGAGCGGCGAGCAGCAGUACUCCCUACGCUGGAACGACUACCAUUCCAGCAUCGUCAACAGCUUUCGGCACUUGCGCGACGAGGAGGACUUUGUUGAUGUGACGCUCGCCUGCGACAACAGCAGCUUCACCGCCCACAAGGUCGUCCUGUCCGCGUGCAGUCCCUACUUCCGCAAACUACUCAAGGCGAACCCAUGCCAGCACCCAAUCGUCAUACUGAGGGACGUGUCGAGUUCGGACAUGGAGUCGUUGUUGCGCUUCAUGUAUCACGGCGAGGUGCACGUGGGCCAGGAACAGCUGACCGCCUUCAUCAAGACGGCCCAGAUGCUCCAGGUGCGCGGACUCGCGGAUGUGCCCGCCAUCACCUCGAAAGUACAGACGGCCACCUCGUCCACGCCUCAUAACGCCAGUGCGCCUACGACGCCGCGGAAUCUCUGGCAGGACAGCAUGAGGAGCGACCUCAACGACAGCGGACUGAGCCCACCGCCCGAAAAGCGGCCCAGGAGUUACUCCCCCUCGCUCGUCAACCACAUCGAGGCCAAGUCCGACAUCCACGAAUCCCUGCUCAGCCAGGCACUCGAGGGCGGACCCACGAUACACACGACAGCCUCCGCGAAUAAUAACCAGGCUCAGUCGGUGGGGGAGGACUCGAACUCGAUAUCGGACAACGAGGAGGAGACAUUGAACAACGACAGCAUGUUGAACUCCGUGAAGACGGAGCCGAGCGAGCUGCUCAACGACUCGCUGGAACACCACCGCAACUCGUUCCCGGCGGCGCUACUCAGCCUCCAAGGCCUGAUGCCGGGGCCCUCGGGGAUCCACGCGGCGGCCAACGCGGACCCAAACUACGGCCGGCGCAACAACCUGGACAUAAUGCGGGUGCGAGCGACGGAUCCGCGGCCGUGCCCCAAGUGCAAAAAGAUCUACAGGUCGGCGCACACGUUGCGCACCCACCUCGAGGACAAGCACACGAUCUGCCCGGGCUACCGGUGCGUCCUCUGCGGGACGGUGGCCAAGUCGCGCAACUCCCUGCACUCGCACAUGUCGCGCCAGCACCGGGGCAUCAGCACCAAGGACCUACCGGUCCUGCCUAUGCCGAGUCCCUUCAACCCCGAGCUCGCCUCCCAGCUGCUCGCCAAAGCCGGGGUCAACGUCAGCCCGGCCGAGCUCCGCGCCCGGGCCAGCCCCACGGGCCCGCGCAGGGGUGACAUGCGCCUCGAGAUGACCCGCCAAUCCGGCGGCGCUCCCUCCGAGGCCGGCAGCUCGCUGUGCGGUGGCGACGAUCCCGAGGACCUCACGCUGCCCCUCAGUCUCAGGUAUGGUUCGAUGACGCCCAACAACAACACGGUCAUAACGAAGGUGAUGUCGAGCGGGGGUGGCCACGGGCAGAGCAACAACAACGGCAAGUCGGCGACUCCGGGGGGCCCGGUGGCGGCAAAGUCCCUCGACUCGCUUCAGGUAGCCCGAGAGCCCCAGACGGCCCCUUACCACCAGCACCAGCAACUCCAGCACCAACACCGGCAACAGCAGCUCCAACUGCACCAGCAGCAGCAGCAGCAGCAGCAGCAGCAGCAGCCCCACGCUUUUGGCACGGAGUCGGCGGUGGUGAGCGCCUUUCUCCAGCUGAUCGCUGAUAAUUCGGCCGCUAUGUCGGGGCUCACGCCCGACCAGGCGGCCAUUUACGCGGCCAAGAUGGCACAGAUGGGCUCGGUCGACAAGCUGGGCAGGGCCCUGCCCGACGACUACCCGAUCAUCGGGAGGGACGAGGGCCGGAACAACAACGCGGACCACGACCACGACGGUAACUCGUCGGCGGGCGAGGAGGACGACUUUAGCGAGAACGAAGAGCCCGAGGUCGUCAGGGCCGAGUAGUGCUACUAACAGUACAACCACACACACACACACACAGCGAGACUCUCUGGCUCACUCUCUAAAUUACUUAUUAACUAUUACUCAUUAAUUUUUAUUUUUUAUCAUUAUUCAUAUUAUAUUGUCAUCAUCAUUAUUAUGAUUAUUAUUAUUAUUAUUAUUGCGGUUGAUAACUCUUACUGAUGAUACGGAUAGUGUAUACUGUAGUCUUUUAUUUUCAUGUAUAUCGAGCGUUGAGGAAGAGAUUGAGCAGAGCUGCUUGCCCGACAAGAGUGUGUGUACACGCAGAGCUUCCGUCUCGGGCCGACCAAAAUAUUGUACGCAAACAUAUACACCGCGACAAGAUCUCUUUGUAGUUUUUUUUUUUUUUUUUUUUUUUUUUUUUU